CCGAACGGAGAUUGUUUUCCUCUCGGGGAGAUUUUCACUUUGCAGCCCAGAGCUUGAAUUGUUUAUUUAAAAUCAAAAGCCAUAGUUGAGUUGCUUCGGGCAUAAGUGUCGCUCUGAUACCUUUCCGAGCCAACAGUUUGUUAGUCAACUUCAUAUAACGGAAUAUCAAAGAAUCAUCUGUGAACUUCUGCUUGCUAUUUAGGAGAGGGGUCUCAGCUGUCACGAGUAUGAGUUCAUAAUGAAGCGGCGACUGGAGGAACAGGAAACGGUUUUUGCGUCCCAGCAGCGGCGCCUCCCUGGCAGCACGGAGGCUUUCCAGCAUCGUGUUCUGGCCCCUGCUCCGGCCCCGACUGUGUAUGAGGCCGCGUCUGACAACAUGCAGCCUACAGCAGGCGUCCAGUACUCCGUCCCCCAGGGAUACCAGGUGCCUACAGUGGCGCAGAACAGCGGAGGACAUGGGCACACUUCUAGCCCUGCCGUCCACGGGGCGUCCCACCACCAUAGCCCAGCAGUCCAAUCCCAUGCAUCCUCUGUAAUGUCAGGACAUGGCCACACGACCACUCCCCAAGCCUCAGCGCAGGGCCAGCAGCAGUUCCAGAGGCUCAAGGUGGAAGAUGCUUUGUCUUACUUGGACCAAGUGAAACUGCAGUUUGGCAACCAGCCUCAAGUCUACAAUGACUUCCUGGACAUUAUGAAAGAAUUUAAGUCUCAGAGUAUCGACACCCCUGGGGUCAUCAGCAGGGUGUCCCAGCUCUUCAAAGGUCACCCAGACCUCAUUAUGGGCUUCAACACCUUCCUGCCUCCAGGCUACAAGAUCGAGGUUCAGACCAACGAUCUGGUCAAUGUGACCACACCUGGUCAGAUCCACCACAUCACCCCACAUGGCAUUUCAGUCCAGAACAUCCCCAUGACAGGAGCAGCUACUCAACACCAAGCCCAGCUGCCAUCUACUGCAGCUACCAGCGCCCCGCCCCUCCUGACACAGCCCACCCCUGCUAAGAUGAGCAAGCCACUGCAGUCUCCAGCCUUGACGCCAAGCAGCCAGAGCAAUCCGUCCAUCCCAGCAUACAGCUCUCCACGCUCACCGCCCCUGCAGCUGCACCCUCCACUCAGCGGUACCCCUACUGGCCCACCGAUGCAGAACAACCAGCCUGUGGAGUUCAACCAUGCCAUAAACUACGUCAACAAGAUCAAGAACCGCUUCCAGGGUCAGCCCGACAUUUACAAAGCCUUCCUGGAGAUCCUCCACACGUACCAGAAGGAGCAGCGUAAUGCCAAGGAGGCAGGAGGAAACUACACCCCAGCGCUGACGGAGCAAGAAGUGUACGCUCAGGUGGCCAGGCUCUUCAAGAACCAAGAGGACCUGCUGUCAGAGUUCGGGCAGUUCCUCCCUGACGCCAACAGUUCGGUGCUAUUAAGUAAGACCACAGCAGAGAAGGCUGAGUCAGUACGAAACGACCAUGGUGGUACAGCCAAAAAGCUGCAGCUUAACAACAAACAGAGGCCUAAUCAGAACGGGUGCCAGAUCCGCCGGCACCCAACCGCUGGCGCCACACCCCCCGUCAAGAAGCCCAAGUUACUGAAUUUGAAAGAUCCCUCAGUGGCCGAGGCUAGCAAGCAUGGAGUUGGGACAGAAUCUCUGUUCUUUGAGAAGGUGCGCAAGGCCUUGCGAAGUGCAGAGGCCUAUGACAACUUCCUGCGGUGUCUGGUCAUCUUUAACCAGGAGGUAAUCUCCAGGGCUGAGCUGGUGCAGCUGGUGCUGCCCUUUUUGGGAAAAUUCCCAGAGCUGUUCAACUGGUUUAAAAACUUCCUGGGGUAUCGAGAGAUAUCAUCUCACAUCGAGACUUACCCUAAAGAACGGGCUACUGAAGGCAUUGCCAUGGAGAUUGAUUAUGCCUCCUGUAAGAGGCUGGGCUCCAGCUACAGGGCACUGCCCAAGAGCUACCAGCAGCCCAAAUGUACUGGGAGAACGCCACUCUGCAAAGAGGUCCUGAAUGAUACCUGGGUCUCCUUCCCCUCCUGGUCUGAGGACUCCACUUUUGUCAGCUCAAAGAAGACCCAGUAUGAGGAGCACAUCUACAGAUGUGAGGAUGAACGCUUUGAGCUGGAUGUGGUUCUGGAGACCAACCUGGCCACCAUCAGAGUCCUUGAGACAGUGCAGCGGAAGUUGUCGCGCAUGUCUGCCGAGGAGCAGGCCAAGUUUCGCCUGGACAACACCUUGGGCGGUUCCUCAGAGGUCGUGCAUCGCAAAGCUAUCCAGAGGAUAUAUGGUGACAAGGCACCCGACAUCAUCGAUGGCCUCAAGAAAAACCCUGCCGUUUCUGUUCCCAUAGUGUUGAAGAGGUUAAAGAUCAAAGAGGAAGAAUGGCGGGAAGCCCAGAGAGGCUUCAACAAGAUCUGGAGGGAGCAGAACGAGAAGUAUUACCUCAAAUCUCUUGACCAUCAAGGCAUCAACUUCAAACAGAACGACACCAAAGUGCUUCGAUCCAAGACGUUGCUGAAUGAAAUCGAGAGCAUCUACGAUGAACGCCAGGAGCAGGCAUCUGAGGAAAAUGCCACCCCACCCACAGGCCCUCACCUGACACUGACGUACGAGGACAGCCAGAUCCUGGAGGAUGCAGCGGCGCUCAUCAUCCACCACGUCAAGCGGCAGACCAGCAUCCAGAAGGAGGACAAAUACAAGAUCAAACAGAUAAUCUACCACUUCAUCCCAGACAUGCUUUUCGCCCAGCGUGGCGAGCUUUCCGACGUAGAGGAGGAGGAAGAGGAAGAGGAAAUGGAUCUAGAAGAAGGGGCCUCCAAAAAGCACAACGGCGUUCCAGGUAGCGGAAGCCCAUCCAAGUCCAAGCUGCUGUUCAGCAGCACGGCAGCACAGAAGCUGCGCAACUGCGAGGACGCCUACAACCUCUUCUACGUCAACAACAACUGGUACAUCUUCCUGCGCUUGCACCAGACAUUGUGCUCACGUCUGCUGAGGCUGUAUGGGCAAGCGGAGCGUCAGAUUGAGGAGGAGGUCAGGGAACGUGACUGGGAAAGGGAAGUCUUGGGACUCAAGAGAGAUAAAAAUGACAACCCAGCUAUCCAACUGAGACUGAAAGAGCCCAUGGAUAUCGAGGUUGAAGAUUACUACUCUGCCUUCUUGGAGAUGGUUCGGAAUCUGCUGGAUGGGAAUAUGGAGGCCUCGCAGUACGAGGAUUCCCUUAGGGAAAUGUUCACAAUUCAUGCUUACAUUGCCUUCACAAUGGACAAACUCAUCCAGAGCAUUGUCCGGCAGCUCCAGCAUAUGGUGAGUGACGAGAUCUGUGUCCAGUUAACGGACCUUUACCUAGCCGAGAGUGCCAAUGGUGCCACCGGAGGAAGCAUCUCCACCCAGCCUUCCAGGAGCUCAGCAGAGGCCAUCUACCACCGCAAAGCCGAGCAGCUCAUGUCUGAGGAGAACUGCUUCAAGCUGAUGUUUCUGAGGAACAGAGGCCAGGUCCAGCUGACAGUGGAGCUGCUCGACACAGAGGAAGAGAACUCAGACGAGCCCAUGGAGGCAGAGCGUUGGUCCGAUUAUGUCGGACGCUACUUAAACUCAGACUCCACGUCUCCUGAACUGCGGGAGCACCUCGCUCAGAAGCCAGUGUUUCUCCCCAGGAACCUGAGGCGGAUCAGGAAGUAUCAGAAAGGCCGGGAGCAGCUGGACAAGGAGGCGUGCGAGGGCGGCAAGAAAUCCCUGGAGAAGGAGAAAAUGGAAUGUAUGUUCAAGCUCAAUUCUUACAAAAUGGUCUACGUCUUCAAGUCAGAGGACUACAUGUACCGACGCACUGCCCUGCUGCGAGCUCACCAGUCUCAUGAGAGGGUGAGCACGCGGCUGCACAAACGUUUCCAGGCCUGGGUGGAAGCCUGGGUCAAGGAGCACGUCACCCGUGACAUGAGCAGCGAGACCACUAAGUGGCUGAUGGGCGAAGGGCGCGACGGCCUUUUACCGUGCACCACUACUCGCCAGCCGGAGGUCCUUCACUUCAUGAACAUCAACAAGUACCGCGUCAAAUACAGUCCAUCCGGCAAGGCACCUUAGCCCACCAUGCGGGGGGGAGGAGGGGGGAGGGGUUGUAGGUCUGAGGUCAAAUACGUCAGGAUUUGGGGUGGGGGGAGGGUUGGGGUUAAAGGUAGGGAUGAGGGCUUCUCAGUAUGUUUUUAAGGUGGACAUGGGAGCACAACUAAGCUAGCUGCCAUGUUUGUUGUACCCAGGGCGGCGGGAUUACUGAUUUUACCAGCGUUUUUAGCUGGGCCCAUUUUUUGCCGGGCCUUUGGUGCCAAAACUUAGGAAUCGUCAUGUCCCAGUCACAGACCUGAGCUCUAACCAGCACUGACUCCGAGCCACAUGUCAAACGAACUUCCCUUAGCCUUUGAGAAAGGGCUUCAGACAUGUCAACAAAAUGCCAUAGCCUGUGAGAGAUAAAGUGGUGUUUUUUGUAUUCAAAUCACAGCCGAGGUUUGGUGUAGUUUAUCAACCAACAGCUUUUAUCUGAAGCCAUCAGACCAAGCGUGCUGUUUAAAUCAAACACACAGGAUUUUUUUUCCCUGAUGGUGUUAUACUCCAAUGGAAAUCAGUUUGUUGGACAAGUGCACUUAUUUAGGAAGAGGAAAAUGUCAUUUCAGUCGUUUUUUUUCCCCCAGAUUGAAGGUUUGGGGAAGCUCAAUAAAGGCUGGCAUCAAACUGAUCUGGUUCAGACAUUCCUGCGUUUAAGGCCACAUCACAAUUAUGUACCUAUCUCUAGAUGGAAAGAGGGUUGCAUUUCCUUUUCCAAAACAAAUGGCAGCAUUAUUAGAAACUGUGCCUGAGCCCCAAACAGUAUUGUCAGGUUAAGAGUGAAAAGCACUGUUGCAUAUUAUGUAAAAAGACAAAAAAAACAAAAAACAAAAAAAAAAAGAUUGGCCUCACAACACUGUUUGGUCUCAGACUGUAAAAUUGUAUAGCUUGUGAAUGUCAGAUACUGACAUGUAUUCCAGUGUAUGUGUUGUGUAUAUAUAUUAUAUAUAGUUCUAUUAACACAAAGGAUCCUAGCCGCCCUGGUAUUCAACCUUUAAGAAAAAAAAAAGUUGCUGGCAGUGCCCUACGCCAAUACACCAGCCUAUACACACUCACACACUCAAACACACACACAUACACACACACAUACACACAGAUCUCAUUCUGCGUGGACUGUCUACAUGCCGUUCAUAUUGUAAAUACAUUGUAUAUAGUCUCAGACUUUUUAUGACAGAUCUGUGUUGUUGUGCUAGUAAUACUUUCCAAGCUUACUGUGGACUUUAGUGAUAAAUGGCUAAAGUUAGUAUGUAUAUGAAAAAGACAAAAUGCAAGACCAUUUAUUACAGUUUUUACCAAAGGGAGUUGAUUCUAAAGAAUAGCUGUUUUUUCCCCCCUUUGUGUGUUCCUUUUUGUCUUUCUUUUUAAUUUCUGUAGUAAAAACAUGUUGAAAAGUAGAAAUGUAUCCAGGUCUUUCAGUUUUUAUAUAUGAAAAAUAACUGUUGAUAUAUAUUUUUUUUUCUUUUUGAAUGUGACAUAUUUGGUGGGUACAUCAGUUGAUAAAUUCACUGCCCCGUUGACAUACUCCAACCAACACCGUCCAUAGGAUGGUGGGACUGGGACACCGACUCAGUUCAGAGUUCAGUCUUCAGAUGAACGGACUCCGCGACAGUCUCACCUUGUGAUGCACGCUCCUCUCUCUCUCCCUGGAUAGAUUUCUGCUGAAAAAAAAA